GGCGGCACGGCAGCACGUCGUCGGGCACGCACCACCCACCUUGUCCAGAAUCCCAAGCCGCCGCAGCCUCAGCCGCAAAAGAAUAGAAAAAGGAAGCAGCCGCGCUGCGCUGACCGCACGCUCCACCUGUUCAACUUCAACGUCCACCCGGAGGAGGAUGAGGAUGAGGUCAUCCCGGCGUCGCCAUUUAUUAUUUACCCAGCGGAUCCACUCGACCAUGAUCGUCGAACACCUCAUAGUCAUAGGUCAUGGCGACGAAGAUGCUGAGGCAGCACCUUCCCCUCCUCUUCCACUAUUUAUAAGGCGCCCGCGUGCCUCACCAGGCAGAAAUAGAAUAGCAGCCAUCGUGUUCCUCUUGUGUCCAGCAAGACAAGCUCAAGCUCCUCCUGAUUCUUGUUCUUGUGACCGCCGUCUUCUUCUACCCACCAGCGAUCAUGGCUUCCUCUUCCUCGUCCAUCACGUUCGAGAAUCCGAGGAAGGUGGUGAAGAAGGUGAUGUCCUUGUCCCAGUCCGAGGGGGACGGCGCCACCGUCCGCCGGAGCAUUGGCGGGCACGAGGUUCGGAACCUGGAUCCGUUCCUGCUGCUCGACGAGUUCUCCGUCUCCAAGCCAGCCGGCUUCCCCGACCACCCGCACCGAGGCUUCGAGACCGUAACCUACAUGCUCGAUGUACGCACACAUGCUCUGCUUCUUCCAUCUCGUGCUCUGUUCCGUUCUGCCCGCGAGGUGUUUGCUGAAAAAGCUGUUCUGUCUUGUAGAUUUGUGCCGAUGCAGGGGGCAUUCACCCACCAAGACUUCUCCGGACACAAGGGCACCAUCAGGACCGGAGAUGUGCAGUGGAUGACGGCGGGGCGCGGCAUCGUGCACUCGGAGAUGCCGGCGGCCGACGGCGUGCACAAGGGCCUGCAGCUCUGGAUCAACCUCGCCUCCAAGGACAAGAUGAUCGAGCCACGGUACCAGGAGCUCGAGAGCAAGGACGUCAGCCAGGCCGAGAAGGACGGCGUGGCGGUGAGGAUCAUCGCAGGGGAAGCCUUCGGGGUGCGAUCGCCGGUCUAUACACGGACACCCACCAUGUAUAUGGACUUCACGAUGCAACCAGGGUCGCAGCUCCACCAGCCAAUCCCCGAGGGCUGGAACGCCUUCGUGUACAUCAUAGAGGGGGAGGGCGUGUUCGGCAAGGAGGGCACGGCGCCGGCGAGCGCGCACAACUGCCUCGUGCUCGGCGCCGGCGAUGGCCUCAGCGUGUGGAACCGGUCCGGCGCGCCGCUGCGGUUCGUGCUGGCGGCAGGGCAGCCGUUGAAGGAGUCAGUGGUGCAGCAGGGGCCCUUCGUCAUGAACUCUCGUGCCCAGAUCCAGAAGGCCAUGGAGGACUACUACUACGGCCGCAACGGCUUCGAGAAGGCCAGCCAGUGGAGCUCCACUUGAAUCUGAUCGGUUUGUCGAUACGAUGAUGAUCGACAUCGCGGUGCAUUGUUGUGCAAAAGAUUGGGGAGGAAGCGAAACUGCAUUGUACCAUCUUACUCAUACUUCUGAAGUGUAGUACUAGUAGUCUUGUU